AUGCAGGCAGACAAGGAGCCAGCAGCUGCAGCUGCCGCGGCCCCCGCCGCCGGGAAGCCGCCGAGCAUCUGCGACAGGCUCCAGAGGGCCUUCCACGCCCGUCCAGCGUUCCGGCCCCUCGGCCGCCUCACCGUCCGCCACCAGGACGGCGGAGGAGCUGCCAAGCCUGACGCCGGUGCCGGUGAUGGAGCCAGCGCUGCGCCUGGGCCUGCCCCUAAGGCUAAGCACAGCGGCCCGCCAUUGCCGGCCGCGCCGCGGCCACUAACGCCGCCGUCGCCGGCUCCGGUUGGCAGCGGCGCUCCCCCGGCCACAGCACCGCAGGCUGAGCAGCCGGUUCCUGUGCGCUUACCAGCCGUCACCAGUAAAGUGGCGGCCGGCAGCGGGCCAACGGGGCCGCCGGUGCCUGUGCCACCGCCGGACGUCAUGGCGGGAAUGGCGACAGCGGCGGAUGCCAAGGCCGGGGACAUAGGCCAGCAGACCACAGGGAAGACCAGGGUGGGCUCCAGGGUCCGCAAGGCGCUCUCGUCCAAGUAA